UCACUUUGACUUGUUCUCACUGACUUACUUCUAAUCCCUUCGUAUCGCGAGCUUUUACAGUUUUAUAGUUCAGUCAUUUAGUAACUUACUUUUAACGAUGUUCAAUCCAAAAUUCAUAUUAACAUUUUCAAUCCCGUUUUUUAUAUCUGACAUAUUUUAUAAAACUGAAAAUGCCACAAUCGAACAAAACGAGGACAUUUAUGCACGUACUUGCUAGAAAUCUAAAAAAAAAGUUAUACAAAUUUAUUUUUUAAGAUGAUGCCUCAACCUCGACUGCUACCGAUCGAGCCCUGAAAAGAACGAAAUCUGCUUGAUUGACAAAUUACUUUACAAAAAUUGCAACAAAUUUAGGUAAUAGAUAUUAAUUGAUUUAAAUAUCUCCCGAUUAGUAUUUUUAAAAAGAUGUGACACAAAAGAUGCAAGAUAAAUGAAAUUACACGCUUUCAAGCUAAAUCCCUGAAUUUAAAUACAACAACACGCAUAAUUUAAGUGCGCAAAAAAUUCCGAAAAGUUUAGAUGGUGCUACUGCAGACUAUUCCUUAGUUCGCUUUUCAGAUUGAUUCACAGUUUUACUACCAGAGGUCCUUACACAUCAGGGCAUGUAGCAUUAUAAAUUAUAACCAAAUUCUACUACAUGUGUACACAUCGCACAUAGAUAGAUGCAGCCCUCCGUCACUUUGCAUCACGGUUUUCUGGCAUUCUAAUAGUCAUAUUCAAUGCGUAUAGUGUAUUGUAUAACUAUAGCUAUUCACUCCGUCGACUUAGUAUAUGUGAGGCGCUGCUUCAGUUCACACGUAUAGUUCUCGUGAGAGUCUUUGGUUUGAGCGAGCUAUCGUCUUUGAGUCAAUAGUUCAGUAUGCUACAGUGAGCAGUUGAACUCCAAGUUUGCCAGAAUAAGUAUAUGGACCAUUACGCAGCUGUAGCUGAACUAGCUGGCAAAUCAUCCCUUGACGUAUUACGCAGUACGUCCACAUUGCAACACCAGCAUCGUCACAAGAGUAGCCGUAGCCGCAGUCGCCAAAACUCCGUUUCCCCAGCUAUCGAAUCCUCGUUGCAGGUCAAAAUGGGCAGGUCGAGAUCGCGUAGCAAGUCUCCCAGUAGCCGCAGACGCCACAAGAGCAAACAUUCACACAAGCAUCGAUCAAAAUCUCGAGAAAAACGCUCCAACAGUAAAUACGCCGACAAACCACGCGAGAAGAGCUCGAAAUCCAGGAAACGUUCACAUUCUAUAUCAUCUACCAGUGACACGGAUAAUUCUGACGACAUACACAUUGUAUCUCACAAAAAACGCACCUACAGAGAACGAGAACGUGUCAAGUUAGAUGAAGUUGGAAGGCUUGCAGAAUUGGAAAGACAACGAAAACAAAAAGAAUUAGAAGCAAAAAUUGUUGAAGAAGAAACUGCCAAAAGAAUUGAAGACCUUGUACAAAAAAGAGUUGAUGAAGAAUUAGAAAAACGUAAAGAAGAAAUUGAAGCAGAAGUUCAAAGGCGAGUAGAAGAGGCUAAGAAAGCCAUGGAAAGGCAGAUGAUGGAGGAAAUGGAAUGGCGACAAGCAAAAUUACAAGAAGAGGAAAAGCGAAGAGAGGAAGAAGAAAGGAAAAAACGUGAGGAACUUGAGAGGAUUUUGGAAGAAAACAACAGGAAAAUUGAGGAAGCACAAAAGAAACUUGCUGAAGAAAGACUUGCUAUGGUUGAAGAGCAGCGACUCAUGGAGGAGGAAAGACAAAAGAUGCGAAAAGAGCAUGAAAAACGCGUCAAAGAAGAACAGAAAAAAAUCCUUGGCAAAAACAACUCCAGACCUAAGCUGUCUUUUUCAUUAAAAUCCGUUACGUGAGUUGAUUUCUUCGGUUUAGUUUCUUAAUGUGAUAUUUCUUAAUUUAUAAAAAGCAUAAUAGGCUUGUCCUUGUAGCUUUAUUAAAUCUAUUAUUAAGAACUUCCUUAGAUUUUUCAAUUAGAGUAACUAUUUGUAAAUUAUUUAAAUAUAAUUACGUGUAUGCAGAUAGAUUUUUUAAAGUUCCAAAGACUAGCGUUAAUGCCGCAGAGAUUCUAAAGUUAUAUUAGCUUUAGAAUUAGAUUUCAUGGAUUUUAAUAGUGAUUUAGGGAUAAUUCUGUGUAAAAAUGUCUGAAUGCUUAAUGUACAAAUGAUUUCUACGUAUUAUUUACGAAUAAACAUAUAUGAAAUUCAA